GGUGGUGGUGGUGGUGGUAGCGGAGCGUGUGCGCCCGCGCGCGCUCGCUCGGUUUUCCCCACGUCUUCCGUCGUAGUUGUGUACCGGUCGUGCCUGGUGGUUGGUGGUGGUGAUCCCGUAGUAUUGUGGGUUGCCCUCUCGUGCCGUGUGUGUCCAGGGAAGAAGAAGCGGGGGCGGCAGCGAUAUAGCGUCCCACGAGGGCGGAGGUAUCGCGAGGGGGUGAUAUACGCGUACGUGCGCAUCGUGUGUCGGGGCGGCGGGAAGGCGCUCCUCGCCGAAGAAAAGGGUGCGUUGCGCCCUGCGUAAACCUCGGGAGUGGAGCCGGGCCGAGGCCGGCGCGACCGGGAGGCGGAAGAGGCAGAGGACGACGACGAGGAGGCGGAGGACGAGGAGGAGGAGGAAGGAAAGGGCGACUCUCGCACACGGCAGCGGUAGUGAGCGGAUCUCGAGCGAGGCCGCGCGCGAGUGCGUGAACGCGCGGAUAUGACGAGCGGAUACGCCCGGCGGCUCACGUGAUACGCAACGCAAUCCGCUGUUGUGCUCCGCCGUCGAGGAAGAGAUAUGUGGUCACGGAGGGAGCUUCGUAGCAGUCCAGUGCCGUAGCAUGCCGGCGAGCUGCAGCGCGUGGUGGGGCGACUCUGAGACACCGCGUCGAUCGGCGUCGAUCGCCUCCAUCUGCUUGGCCGAGCAGCAAUCGCUGGUGCGUCGCCGCAGGAGAAGAAGAAGAAGACGUGAUCGUCGUCGUAGCACGGGAAGCACGGAGCUCGACACCAGCGACCGAUGAGCGCGGGGGGGGAUGGGGGCUCGGCGUUGGGCCCACCUGCCCGGCUGCCUGGGGCCCAGCCGACUGCCGCGACCCCCUCCACCGCGACCCCCCCCAUUGUCGGCCAGCAAUCAAUCGUCGGUGGUGUCGGUGGCGUGCCGGAUGCCGCACAGUUGGCGAACGCGCAUCAUCAAUCGCCACCGCCGCCCCCGCAGUCGCAGACGGGCCCCGCCGGGGCCACCGGCGCUGCCUCCAAGUCGGCCCAGAAGAGGCCCGUCAGACGGGGUGGCAAGCCGCCGCCCGACAGGCCCGUCCGGGCGCUCUUCUGCCUGGCCCUCACGAACCCUCUUAGGAAGAUGUGCAUCAGCGUCGUGGAAUGGAAACCUUUCGAGUGGCUCAUCCUUAUGACGAUAUUUGCGAACUGUGUCGCUUUGGCCGUCUAUACGCCGUAUCCUUAUGGCGAUUCCAACUUGACCAAUCAGUACUUGGAAAAGAUAGAGUACAUUUUUCUUGUGAUUUUUACGGCGGAGUGCGUGAUGAAGAUCAUAGCUUAUGGCUUUGUCGCUCAUCCGGGAGCUUAUCUCCGCAACGGUUGGAACUUGCUGGAUUUCACGAUAGUCGUAAUUGGGAUGAUAAGCACGGUGCUGAUGAUUAUUAUGAAGGAGGGUUUCGACAUCAAGGCCUUAAGGGCGUUUCGUGUUCUACGUCCUCUCAGGCUGGUUUCCGGUGUUCCAAGUCUUCAGGUGGUCCUAAACUCUAUUUUGAGGGCGAUGGUACCACUUUUGCACAUUGCUUUAUUAGUUCUCUUCGUCAUCAUCAUUUACGCCAUCAUCGGCCUCGAGCUGUUCUCCGGAAAGAUGCACAAAACAUGCAGGCACAACAUAACUGAUGAGAUAAUGGACGAUCCGCAUCCUUGCGGCGACAUGGGCUACCAGUGCUCUGCCUACGGAUCCGAUUACUAUUGCAGCAAACAAUUCUGGGAGGGUCCCAACUACGGUAUCACGAAUUUCGACAAUUUUGGAUUGGCUAUGCUCACCGUCUUCCAAUGUGUCACUCUUGAAGGAUGGACGGAUGUGCUUUAUCAUAUCGAGGAUGCGAUGGGGAGCUCAUGGCAGUGGAUAUAUUUCAUCUCGAUGGUCAUCCUCGGAGCUUUCUUCGUGAUGAAUCUGAUUCUCGGUGUGUUGUCCGGUGAAUUCUCCAAGGAGAGAGAGAAGGCAAAGGCGCGUGGCGAUUUUCACAAGCUCAGGGAGAAACAGCAGAUAGAGGACGAUCUCAGGGGUUAUCUCGACUGGAUAACGCAGGCCGAGGAUAUCGAGCCGGAGACUGAUGAACCGAAGCAAGACGGAAAAACCAAGCUACAAAACGAAAUAGAGAGCACGGAUCAAUUAGAGGGCGAUGAAGAAGGAAUUCAACAAGAAUCCGCCUGGAAAAAGAAAAAACGAGACCUAGAGAGAGUGAACAGGCGGAUGCGAAGAGCUUGCCGAAAGGCAGUGAAGUCCCAGGUCUUCUAUUGGCUCAUCAUAGUUCUAGUUUUCUUGAAUACCGGCGUUCUUGCCACAGAACAUUACAAUCAGCCACACUGGUUGGACGAUUUUCAAGAAUACACGAACAUGUUCUUCAUCGUGCUCUUCUCCAUGGAGAUGAUGUUGAAGAUGUAUAGUUUAGGUUUUCAGGGUUAUUUCGUCUCGUUGUUUAAUCGUUUCGAUUGCUUCGUCGUGAUCGGCUCGAUCACCGAAAUGAUACUUACACGUACACAUGUCAUGCCGCCUCUUGGCAUUUCCGUGCUUCGUUGCGUCCGAUUGCUCAGGGUAUUCAAAGUAACAAAAUAUUGGAGAUCACUAUCGAAUUUAGUCGCCUCUCUACUGAACUCGAUACAAUCAAUCGCCUCGCUGCUGCUCCUGCUUUUUCUUUUCAUCGUCAUCUUUGCUCUUCUGGGCAUGCAGGUCUUCGGUGGAAAAUUCAAUUUCAACGAUAAUGAGGAAAAGACGCGUCACAAUUUUGAUAGCUUUUGGCAGAGUUUACUCACCGUGUUUCAGAUAUUAACCGGCGAGGAUUGGAACGUUGUGAUGUACGUCGGUAUUGAAGCUUAUGGCGGCGUCGCAAGUUUCGGCGUGCUCGCCUGCGUUUAUUUCAUUAUCCUCUUCAUAUGCGGCAACUACAUUCUCCUGAACGUCUUCUUGGCUAUCGCCGUCGACAAUCUCGCUGAUGCCGAGUCUCUAACUGCCAUCGAAAAGGAGGCUGAGGAGGAGGCGGAGAAAAAUAAAUCUCGCAGCGGUUCACCGACAAGGGACGAAGUCAGCGGCGAGGCCGGCGAUGACGGUGGCGAGGGGACCGGUGGGGAGGACGAGGGCGCUGGCUCAGAUCUCGAACAAGAUCCUAACGAGACAAUGGAGGACUACGAAGCCGCACUCGAUACAGAAACAUCAGAGAAAAGCGAGGAUAUGAAUACGCACAAAGUGCGACUCAAUGUUGAGUCUGAUGAAGAAGUGGAAGAAGAAGAGGAAGGUGAACAAGAGGAAAUGCAAGAUGACGGACAAGAAGUAUCGGCCAGGCCGCGAAGAAUGUCCGAGUACAGCGUGGCCACCAAAAAGGAACCGAUACCAGCUGGUUCGGCAUUCUUCAUUUUUUCAAACACCAAUAGGUUUCGCAUCUUCUGCCAUUGGUUCUGCAAUCACAGUUACUUCAGCAAUGUGAUACUAAUCUGCAUUAUGAUUUCCUCCGCCAUGUUAGCCGCCGAGGAUCCGCUGAAUGCUUCGUCGGACAGGAAUCAGAUAUUGAAUUACUUUGACUACUUUUUCACUACUGUCUUCACGAUUGAAAUCUGUCUCAAAAUGGUCUCAUACGGCUUCAUCAUCCACGAGGGCGCGUUUUGCCGGUCGGCUUUUAAUCUGCUCGAUCUCCUCGUCGUUUGCGCUUCUCUAGUUUCCAUGUCUGUCAGCACUGGCGCAUUCUCCUUCAUCAAGGUGCUCCGAGUGCUUCGUGUCUUGAGGCCGCUGCGUGCCAUCAAUCGCGCCAAGGGAUUAAAGCACGUAGUACAGUGCGUCAUCGUAGCGGUAAAGACUAUCGGAAACAUAGUCCUCGUCACCAGCCUCCUGCAGUUCGUGUUCGCCGUCAUUGGCGUACAGCUCUUCAAGGGCAAAUUUUUCUUUUGCACCGAUGCAUCGAAAAUGACGUUGAACGACUGCCAGGGUACUUAUUUGGAAUUCGAUGACGGUAAUAUGAACAGACCGGUCGUGAAACAGAGAGAGUGGCUUCAGCAGCGUUUUCACUUUGACAAUGUAGCCAAAGCGAUGCUAACUCUCUUCACGGUAUCGACUUUCGAAGGUUGGCCAUCAUUGUUAGAAUGGUCGAUCGAUUCCAACAAAGAGGAUUAUGGACCAAUUCAUAACUUUCGGCCGAUAGUGGCCGCCUAUUACAUCAUCUACAUCAUCAUCAUCGCAUUCUUUAUGGUGAACAUCUUCGUCGGUUUCGUUAUUGUCACCUUUCAAAACGAGGGCGAGCAAGAGUACAAAAAUUGCGAGCUCGAUAAAAAUCAGAGAAAUUGCAUCGAGUUCGCGCUAAAGGCCAAGCCAGUUCGCCGAUACAUACCCAAGCAUCGAAUACAGUACAAAGUCUGGUGGUUUGUCACCUCCCAACCGUUCGAGUACACGAUAUUCAUCCUAAUUAUGAUAAACACCGUGACGCUCGCGAUGAAGUUCUAUCAGCAACCGGAAAUCUACACGAAGGCUCUGGACGUUCUCAAUAUGAUUUUCACCGCCGUGUUCGCCCUUGAAUUUGUUUUCAAGCUGGCUGCAUUUCGAUUCAAGAAUUACUUCGGCGAUGCGUGGAACGUCUUUGAUUUUAUUAUCGUGCUCGGAAGUUUCAUCGACAUCGUUUACUCGGAAGUUAACCCUGGAUCCUCCAUCAUUUCCAUCAAUUUCUUCAGGCUGUUUCGCGUAAUGCGAUUGGUCAAGCUAUUGAGCAGAGGAGAGGGCAUCCGAACGCUUUUAUGGACGUUCAUCAAGUCCUUCCAAGCUCUGCCAUAUGUCGCCCUUCUCAUUAUAAUGCUUUUUUUUAUUUACGCUGUGAUAGGCAUGCAGGUCUUCGGAAAAAUUAAGAUAGAUGAUGAAACGUCGAUAAAUCGCAAUAAUAACUUUCAAUCCUUUCCGCAAGCCGUAUUGGUCUUAUUUAGAUCAGCAACCGGCGAGGGCUGGCAAGAGAUCAUGAUGGCUUGCUCGCUGCAGCCGAGCAAAGUUAAGUGCGAUCCCCUCAGUGACGAAGCCAUUAAAGCGGAGGGUUGCGGAUCGGACAUUGCAUUUCCCUACUUCAUAUCUUUCUACGUGCUCUGCUCAUUUCUCAUCAUCAACCUCUUCGUUGCCGUUAUUAUGGACAACUUUGACUACUUGACGAGAGAUUGGUCGAUCCUCGGACCGCAUCAUUUGGACGAGUUUAUUCGCCUGUGGUCCGAGUACGAUCCCGACGCCAAGGGACGUAUUAAACAUCUCGACGUAGUGACGCUGCUGAGAAAAAUAUCGCCACCCUUAGGUUUCGGAAAGCUGUGCCCCCAUAGAGUGGCUUGUAAGAGACUCGUCUCGAUGAAUAUGCCGUUGAACAGCGACGGCACCGUGUUGUUUAACGCGACGCUGUUCGCCGUUGUAAGAACCUCGUUGAGGAUCAAGACGGAGGGUAACAUCGACGACGCGAAUUCCGAGCUCAGGGCGGUGAUCAAAAAGAUCUGGAAGAGAACGAGUCCGAAGCUUUUAGAUCAGGUUGUUCCGCCGCCCGGAGUGGACGAUGAAGUGACGGUCGGCAAGUUUUACGCGACCUUCCUCAUCCAGGACUAUUUCCGCCGAUUCAAGAAACGCAAAGAACAAGAAAUGAAAGAUGGAGACAGAGACUGUCUCAACACCGUGACCCUUCAAGCCGGGUUGAGAACGUUACACGAAGCUGGUCCCGAAUUAAAACGUGCAAUUUCCGGUAAUUUAGAGGAACUUCUCGAUGACAAUCCAGAACCUAUGCACAGGAGAAACCACUCACUCUUUGGCAGCGUAUGGUCCAGCAUGCGAAAAGGACAUCAUAGCUUCCACAGGGCAAGAUCGCUAAAGGUUAACUCUACUGUUGCAAAGGCUUCCCCGACCAAUUCUAUAGACUUUUUACCAUACGCUUCGUUACGGAGGACCGUUAUCCCGGAUGCCGCCAAGAAAUUUACUCGUCAAGUUGUGCCAAAUGUAGCAGGGGGUUUGAGUGACGGUGCGAUGAAUCAGAUGGGAACGAAUAUGCGAUUGAUGGGCGUCGAAGAGAGUAUACCUUUGAGACCCCUUGCUGCUUUCGGCAAUCCGAUACAACAGACGCCUUAUCAAAGCGCAUAUAAGGUGGUCGAUCUUCAGGAUGGAAUCGAGCACCAGUUGACGCCACCCACACCUCCGCCACGACGGAACGCACCACCCUCGUCCAUCGGCACCCCGAGCAUCGGCAUCACGCAUGCCUCCGCCGCUGCAGCGGCAGCGGUGGCAGCAGCAGCUUCAGCAACCGCAGCGGAAGGCACGGCAAGUGGAUCGAGUGUCGCGACGACGACUAUCACCGCGUCGUGCACCACGAGCGCAAACACCUCGACCACCGCCACGAGCUCAAGCCCCGCUUCCUCGUCAAAUGGGACAAACUGUUACUAUACUUAUGCGUCGCGGGGCUGCUGCGUCGAUUGCGCAGUCUGGAGUAAUCACGCCAUAGACGAUUGCGACGACGAGGACACGUCAACGGGAAGCGGAUCGAGCGAUUCCGGCAGGUGGAACCCGCAUUCGGAGGGCGGCGUCGUGCGAGGCACGACAGGAAAACCCCACGUUACCAUGCUGGGUAGCCGGUCGACGAAGCGCCGGUCCAGGGUCCGUCGUGAUGCCGCGACUGCCGGCGGCAAAUCGGCUCCGGCGAGCUUCCGGUCGCGAGACGCAACCACCGCCGCCGUCGUCGCCGGCGCCACGACGACGACGACGACGACGACGACGACGGGGUCCGCGUCCGCGACCGGUACUGCUACGUCGGGCCACGGCACGCGCACCAUCGCCAACGGCCUGAAAAUGGCACAGAACCAGGCCAUCGCCGUCGCCGGCUUCCUCGCCGACGUAGACUCGCGACAAUGGCGUGUCUGCGCUUCCUGCUUGUCGCACCGAGCGUCCUACCACGGCAGAGUUUCCUGGGCCGCAGAGAGUAACGGAAGCGUCGGCGCAGAGCGCCUGUCCCACAGCAUGCCCGGCAGUCCCGCGGACCGGAAGCCCAACUUUGAGGUCAUCGGGAGCGCGGAGAGCCUCGUCGGUCGGGUUCUAGUGGAACAAGGUCUAGGCAAGUACUGCGACCCGGACUUUGUGCGGUACACAUCGCGCGAGAUGCAAGAGGCGUUGGACAUGACGCGCGAAGAAAUGGACCGGGCGGCGCAUCAGCUGUUAUUACAGGAACGACGCGGCCAGCCCUUGUCUUAUCAAUUACAGCAGAACGUGGCGGAACAGCAGCCGUGGAGCAGUAGCCAACAACAGGAGCAGGAGCAUCAACAGCAGCAGCAGCAACAGCAUCCGAUCACCGGUAUCGGUUAUCAGCCGUUGCAGGAGCAGCCGCCGAGCCAGCCCGUAUAUCGCCAGCUACAGCCCUCCGGCAACCGUCAUCGCGGCAGCAGUCGGAAGCAACAGCAACAACAGCGACAACCGCCGUCCUAGCAGGACGAAAAUUUGCUCUCCGCGACGCAAACGUCGUCCACGUAACCCGAAAAUUCCUACUCCCUACGAACGGGAGUAGUUGUCGAAGGAUCGAGAUCGUCGGUUACGAUGAAGUAACGUCGAAGUCACCAGCGGAAUCAUCCGAAUCGAGAUCGCGCGAGUUGGAUGGAUUUAAACCGCGCACGGUUCGAUAUCGUCGUAAUUGUUGUUGUCCCGAAGAGGACACUUUGAACUGUUCUGAAUAUUUAUAGCUAUAUUUAGAUGCGGAUCGAGAGAUGCUACUCGAGGAACAAAAAGUUGGCUUGCAAUUAGUCUAAAAGGAAAAGAGGGGGAAAAACGGGGAAAAGAUGUAGCAGCUCGAGACGUUCACAAGAUGUUCAUCCUGCGAUACACUCGGGCACCAAUGAACCAUGUAUUUUCGUUCGAGCGAGUAUUUUCUAGCCGAGCGUGAGUGUUUUAUCCGACACAUUUUGGAUCGCCUUGAUUCCUAACUUGGCUCGGUAUUUCUAUCGAGAUUUGUGCGAGUUUCGAUCGAGCGGAUCAAGUCACGCUCGAUCGCGCGUUUUUAGGCGCGCACAGAAGUAUAUAAUAAAUUCUUAGAAUAUAUAUUUUCGCCGCGACACGCGACAGAUCAAGACGAUCAAGACGAUCGAGACGAUCGAGACGAAUCGUUGCGGCACGGAGCUUCGUCCUUUCGACGUCGAACGGUCGCGAGACUAAAGUUGACGAAGCAUCUCGGGAGGACCCGGGCUCCCUCGAUGGAAUUGAGUUUACUUCUAGAAACAGUCCUUUAGAGAUUUACCAUUGAUCCCGUUUAACGUUAAUCUCCGUUUUUGGUUCGAUUUGUCCUGACCAAGGACGACACGACGAAUGCCGCGCGCGUGUACUUCACAUUGAAAAAAAUAGACGAAUUAAAAUAAAAUAUAAGA